AUGGCUCAAUUUCAUAGUAGUGUGCAAUCAAACGGACCACCUUCAACGCUUUCGGGAUCUCGUAUAUCAGCACAACAACAUCAUAUCCAACAACAACAACAACAACAACAACAGCAACUACCCAGCAUGAUUAAUACAUCUUUUAACGGCAAUCAACAAGUUGAUUCCAAUAUGACUACCGGUUUAUUAAAAAUUAGUAAUUUACCGCCCGACUUAACUAGGAGAGAAGCAUCAUUAAUAUUUGCCUUGGUGAUUGAAGAAAUGUUGAGCAUUGAAAUAAAGGAUUAUCUGAUAUAUGCCGUGUUUAAGAAUAUCAAUACUUGCAUUACCACCGGAAAACUACUUGACGGUAAGUACAUAUUUGGUACUGAUUAUCCUCCGAUUAAAGUUGAAUACGAGAAUAGCACUUUGUUGGGAUCGCCAACAAAUAUUUCUAGCACACAAUCUGCAUUUAAUUCAUUAAGGUUGUCGGGACCACCAAAUACCAACAUAUCCCCACCUAACCUUCCUCAUUCACAAUUACAACACCAAUCUUCAAGCAAUUCAAUUGACAAUGGAAACUCAAGUCUGACUGGUUCUUUUGAUGUGCUUUCUAAACGGCAAUCUAUUGGAAACCAAAGAUCUAGAUUUGUCUUUAGUGAUCCAUUUGCACAAGAUCAACAGCAGCAUCAACAUCAACAUCAACAUCAGCAGCAGCAACAGCAGCAUCAACAACAACAACAGCAUCAUCAACAACAACAAGAUCCGCAUGCAAAGCAAGAAUUUGUUGGCAUCCAACCAGCUGGGUCUGGUCCCCCGUCUGUUGGUCCUGUUCCUAUUGGGCUUUCAGAUAUGAGUGGGAAGUCAAUUUUAUUGAUGGAAUCUCAAAAUGAUGCCAGGGAGUAUGAAAAUCUUGUUCGUGAUUCAUGGGGUCCAAACCCAGGUAAUCCUGCUGUUUCUACAGUAUCAGCAACUUCUCUGACAUCAGGUGUGGAUUGGAAUGGUAAUAGUGGUGCAAGUAAUGGAUCAAACAUAAUACAUCAACAACAACAACAACAACAACCACAACAACAACCUGAUCGUCGAAGAACUUCAUCAUCAGCAUUUUUUAGUGUUGCCCCUGCAUUGCAUACUAUGACUUCAAAUCAAAAUCUACCAAACACACAUUUGGGCCCAACAGCUGCUGGAUUAAGAGCGAUUUUACAACAACCGGAACAUCAAUCCCAACUGCACCAAUCUCAGCAUGAUUCUCAACUGCAACUACAAUCUCAACUACAGGGGAAACCCCAACCUCAACCUCAAGUUCAAUCACAAGUCCAUAUUCAACAAUCACAAACAUCACAACAACAACAACAACAACAGAACUCACAAUCACAAUCUCAACCUGCACCACAUACUUUAAAUACUAGUUCAAAUACGAAUAAUUUGAAUGAGUUUCAUGCUCCACUUAAUAAUACUACUUCAACUUCCACUUCCACUUCAACUCCAACUCAACAAGCCACCACGAGUCCACUUGAUAAAGGGUCUACUUCAUCAAAAGAUGUACCUGAUUUAUCAUUGUUAGCAAGAGUACCACCUCCAGCAAAUCCUGCUGAUCAGAAUCCACCAUGUAACACAUUAUAUGUUGGUAAUUUACCACCCGAUGCUACUGAAUCAGAACUUCGUAGUUUAUUUUCUCCACAAAAGGGAUUUAGACGACUUUCAUUUAGAACUAAGAAUCAACCUUCUUCUAGUAAUGGGAGUGGUGGCGGUAGUGGUAGUGGUAGUGGUGGAGGAGGAGGAGGAGGUGGAGGUGGCCAUAGUCAUGGGCCAAUGUGUUUUGUUGAAUUUGAAGAUGUUGCUCAUGCAACAAGAGCGUUAGCAGAGUUGUAUGGUAGAGCAUUACCAAGACCUAAUGGAGGUAAUGGUAAAGGUGGUAUUCGUUUAUCAUUUUCCAAAAAUCCUUUAGGAGUUAGAGGUCCAGGUAAUCCAAGAAGAACAUCUACUAACCCUGCACCUAAUGGGUUGUCACAAUCCCAACAGCAACAACAGCAACAACAACAAGGAGGUAGUGGUGGGAAUUAUGGAUACUCGAGUUAUCAUCAAAAAUGA